AUGGAAAAAAUAGAGCACAAGAUCGUACCAGUUAAUGGCCUGAAUAUGCACGUAGCCGAGCUUGGUGAGGGUCCAUUAGUCCUUUUCCUACAUGGCUUCCCGGAGCUUUGGUACUCAUGGCGGCACCAAAUUCUGUACCUGGCGGCUCAAGGAUACAGGGCUGUGGCGCCAGACUUGAGGGGUUAUGGUGACACCACAGGUGCACCAGUUGAGGACCCAUCAAAAUUCACUAGUCUUCACAUAGUGGGUGAUCUGAUUGCUCUGCUUGAUGCCAUUGCGCCUGAAGCAGAUAAGGUUUUUGUUGUUGGGCAUGACUGGGGUGCUUACAUGGCCUGGCACUUGUGCUUGUACAGGCCUGACAAGGUGAAGGCUUUGGUAAAUUUGAGUGUUGCUUUUACUUCAAGAAGUCCAAAAAUGAGUCCUGUUAACCAUUUUCGCAGUCUGUAUGGAGAUGACCACUAUAUUUGCAGAUUUCAGGAACCUGGGGAAAUAGAAGCUGAAUUUGCGAAGAUUGGCACCAAAGAAGUUCUCAAGAACUUUCUUGCAUUCCGCACUCCUGGACCAUUUUAUUUUCCCAAAGGUAAAGGCUUUGGCUAUUCUGCUGAUAAGCCAACUUGGUUAUCAGAAGACGAUUUGGACUACUACGCAAAAAAGUUUGAGCAGACUGGAUUCUCUGGAGGAGUGAAUUUUUACCGCGCUUUAGACAGGAGCUGGGAACUGAAUGCCCCGUGGUCUGGGGCUCAGGUGAAAGUGCCGGCGAAGUUCAUCGUUGGGGAACUUGACCUGACCUAUCAUGUACCAGGGAUCAAAGAAUUCAUACAUGAAGGUGGGUUCCAGAAAGUUGUGCCAUUGUUGAAGGAAACUAUCGUGAUUGAAGGGUUUGAUUGCGUUAUUGAACAGUAUGAAAGAGAUGAAGAUUUUGGAAACGAUGAUGAGCGUAGACGACGCCAUCGUUACUUCGCAACACCGUCGAGCGACGUCAUUCUAAGAGGCGAUGUCGCCGCUCCAAGAGGCGAUGUCACUUUGCAACACCGUCAAGCGACACCGCUACUGCAUCGUCGAUGCGCAAACGGAGCCACUAGCUUUCAGAGGGACGCUACUGUGACUGCGAAGUCAUGA